CCGAGCGGCACCAUGCUGGGCAUGAUCAAGAACUCCCUGCUGAGCACGGUGGAGGCAUGGCCCUACCAGGUGCUGAGCAAGCAGGAGAAGGAGGAGUUCAGCUACGAGGAGAGGGCGUGCGAGGGCGGGUGGUUUGCAGCGGUGGAGGUGGAGGGGAAGCCGUUCGACGAAGCCUCGAAGGAAGGGGUGCUCAAGCUUCUUAAGUACGUCGGAGGAACCAACGAUCAGGGCGUUGGAAUGGGGAUGACUGCUCCUGUCUCCAUGACUGCUUUAGAUGGCUCCUUACAGCAGAAAGUGAAGGUCUCUCUGCGGAUCCCAAGCCAAUUUCAAGCCAACCCUCCUUGCCCCAGUGAUAAAAGCAUUAAAAUUGAAGAGAGACAGGGGAUGACCAUUUAUUCCACGCAGUUUGGUGGCUAUGCCAAAGAAGUGGAUUAUGUGAGCUAUGCUGCUAAACUGAAGUCUGCUCUGGGGAGUGAAGCUGCAUACCGCAAGGAUUUCUACUUCUGCAAUGGUUACGACCCCCCUAUGAAGCCUUAUGGGAGACGCAAUGAGGUCUGGUUUGUGAAAGAGUGAGCAUCUGACUCCCUGUGGUGCUGGCUUGCACUGAUAACCUCCCCACACUAUGUUCCUGUCUUCUUGAAAAUAAACUAAUAAUUUUGCAGAGGCACAAAACCAUCAUUCCUUUCCUUCACACCUAUGCCUUGGUCUUCUAUGGACCAACCAUUUUAGAACACUGC